GUUUUACACUCUAAAAAUUUUCAAGAAACCAAUGAUUAUUAUAUAAUAGAUUUUGUAGUGCAGCUGCUAAUUUCUAUCCUGUCAGCUUCAAGUAUAUUGUUUGAUAUGAUGUUCAAAAUGUAUUUUUCCCUGGAAACAUCCCAUCAUAAUUCCUUCUUGACAGCAGUGUUGGAAUGAAUUUGAAAACUACGUUGUUCGAACUACAGAUUAACGUGAAUAAACGGCUGACGAAGAGAAAAUGUGCGCACUUCAUAAUGAAGAGCGAUCUUCAAAAUGUGUUCCCUGUUUACUCACUAGAGUGCUUUCUUUAUGGCAACUUAUUCCUCAAUGAGUUGGAGUAAAGUUUCAUUGAAAAACCGUUAAUCGAAGAUAUGGCUGUUCUGAAAAAUACUUUUCUAUACCUGGAAAUACUAUGGAUGAUCUUAAUAGUGGCUAAUAAUUUAUCGACGAUACUUAUUGUGUUAUCACAUAAGAAUAUCCGAAGCUCGGUUAAUAAUUUCCUUUUGAGUCUGUUCACGGGGAAUCUACUUUAUGGAUUUUCUGUUGCUUUUAGUGCAGUGAUAACAUUAUAUCCUAGCAUGACACUAAACUGCAAUUAUUGCUGUGCGCUGAACUUCACAGUGAUAAUAAUUCCUGCUCUGGGUAUUCUGUACAGUUUAACUGCUAUGACCAUUGACAGAUAUAUUGCAGUUUUCUAUCCACUGCGAUAUCCUCAAAUUGUAAAACCUAAUGUAGUGAGAGCAGUAAUCCUAGUCAUCUGGCUGACGUCAAUUAUGACUGGUUGCAUUCCAGUUUUUUGGAAUAAUAUCACGUGGAACAAGAAACUUCGAGCUGCCUGCUUCUUCAUAAACGUCGUGCCAAAAUUCUACAUAUGGUCCUUUAUUAUACCUCCAGCCAUCCUUACAAAUAUAAUUAUCUUGUACGUGUAUUUAAGAAUCUGCUGCUUGAGGCAUAAAAACUUACGUCGAAUAGCAACUUUGCAAAAUUCUAGCCAGGAUGUUCACAGUUUUGUCAAUGAUUCAAAAACAACAGUUACAGUAGCGAUUAUAAUAUUCAGCUGCGUUUUCGCAUUGGUUCCUUUCUUAGUCACUUUGAUACUUAUAAUCACCAAAGUUGUGGUUAUGAAUUCCAUAUGGUUGUGUUCAGUUACUUAUGAGUUAAGUUUCAUCAAUCCUAUGUUCACGCCUAUUAUAUUUGCUUGGCGAAAUGAUAGUUUUAAGAAAUCUUUAAAAGCUAUGUUCCAUAGGUAUAAGCGAAAUAAGAUCGUGUCUGUAAGGAGGCGAUCGGAGAUUACAGAAAUUAUGGCCUUAGCAUCUACGUUUACUAGUCAUGAUUAGAAGAGUUUUAAUGAGUUGAUAACAAAUCAUGAAAGUGCACAGAUAGAAAAAAUUAUUGAAUCAUUUACUUUCGGCUUAAUGUAACUUUGUAUUCAGAACAAAAGACCAUCCUAGAAAUGAAGGGAAAUUCGAUAGCAUAGCAAGAAUUUAUGAUGUGAAGAGAUUUUAAAUAAUGUUACAUAAGCCUUAUAUUCAUUUUAAAUUAAUUUAUUUAAUGAAUUUUAUUCGCAUUAUUUUUUUUUUUUUUUUUUUUUUGUUUAUAAUACAGCCUAAAUUUUAAAUAUUGCUUAACUUUAUUAACAUAUAGUAAGUGCAUGUAUCCUUUCGUUAAGCAACUGAGUUAUCAAUUUUGUAUUAAAUAUCCAGCAAAUUUUUGUCAAAAAAUGAUAAAUUAAUUUAGUUUCAAGAAAUUUUAAAAACUGUGAAGUUUCAAAUAAUGAUAAUUUGACGUAAGCCUGGAUGCAUUAAUUUUGUUGUUAAAGUAGUUUUAUCACUCAUAUUCAGCAUUACGACAUCAGAAACCAUUUUCCCAUUUUCGCAAUUUUAUCCUGUUAAGUAAUGCAAUAACGUAUUAGUAUUUUUAUUGAAAUACGUUACAUUCUAACGUGUAAACUGUAUUAUCGACUCAUUGCAGUUUCGUAACUCGAAAUUGAAGUGGUUUGGUUUGGUCUAUGUGAUUACGGCAAAGCCUCGACGGCUAUCUGCCUAAGGAGAGGGAUGGUUUCGUGGAGGACUUUCUGAGGGUAACACGUCACACAUGAGUUAAACGACGAAAUUGAAAGGAGCAGAGAAAAUUUUGAGAAUCGAAAGUUCAACGUAUCGAGAAUUGCUAACGCUAAUUUCAUUACUUGAAUGUAAUUAGCUAAUGCUAACUUUUACUUUAAUUAGCUAACAUUAGUUACAUUUCAUUCAUUUAUUUUAUUUCAACUCUAGAUUUCGAAAUUCAGUUCGACUUCUCGAAGCUCAAAGCACUACAAGUAUAAAAUAAUUAGUUUACAAUCACAAAGGCAGGUUUUUGUUUUCUUUCAUGGAAGAACGAAAAGAAUAAAUAAAAAUGAAAUGGUGGUACAUGGAAAUCGACGGAUCGAUGCAUGGCUGACCACGUUCAUGUACAAAGCACCUUUCAAAUUGCAAUAGUGCAAUUUUGAAGGUAUAUCAGAAUGAGUCAUACUUUAAUAUUUUUUUCGAGCAAGAGAAACCAUUUGAACAAUGGCUUAAUGAUUUUUAGAAUGACUUGAUCAACAGUGUGUUGAGAUUUUGCUCCAAAAGCUGUGAUUUCCAAUUACCUAGUCAUGUAAGCUGUUAUGAUCCUACUAUCAUACAGAACUAAAAACGAUUAGACUUCAGAAUGAAGUCCCAUUAUAGAGAGGUACUAUUACUGCACACAUGGCAGAAAUGAUGUUUCAUUUUUCACUUAUAAAUAUCAAUAUUGUAGUUACUUAUGUGUCCAGGUUUUGCACAGAUACAUUUUUACUCGAUUUUGAUUUACCACAAGUAAGAAAAAAGUCCAGCGCUCUUUUUCAGAUAAUGUAGUGAAUAGUUUAUAAAUGAUUACUUGAUUGUAUAACAUAACUAGGAAUAAGGAUUUGAUAGAAAAUAUUGAUGUAAUUUAUUUAGAAAUUAUUUAUACUGAUACUGAACCAAUUUUCUAGUUUUCCAUAAACUUUUCUUGAA